AUGACCAAGCAAGAAGUCAAGAACCAGCAAGAGGAGGGCAAGAAACUGACUUCUCAAGACCCCUCUACCCCUCUCACCACCAAACCCAACCUACCAACCAAAACCAAAAUGUCCGAGGCAAACGACGGUGCUAUCAACCCCGCCACUGGUACUUCCGGCAACCCCCAGACCGGUGAGGCCCACGAGCACGCCCCCCAGGAUGCCCACAAGCGUCUCGACGGCAAGGACGAGCGCUCGUUCAAAGAGAACAUCACCGAUGCCGCCCGCGUAGAGAAGCUCGAGAAGAAGGCUGAGGAGGAGGCGGCCGAGGCCAAGGAGGACCCUACCGCCAUCGCUCGGUCGCACGGUAACGAGCCGUCCAGGGGUGCCAAGGUCGACAAGAAGAUCGUUGACGAGGAGGCAGACAUAAUUGCGAAGAUGGACGAAGCAAAAGCGCAGUCCGCUGCUGCCAAGAAGCACUAG